AUGGAGGUCGCCAGGAGGAGGAGGUCGCUGUGCUCGAGCCGUCGCCGGAGGUCGGCGGCGGUGGGGCGGAAGGUGCGGGAGCUGCGGCGGCUGGUGCCCGGGGCGGCGGUCAUGCCCACCGACCGGCUGCUUGUCCGCACGGCCGACUACAUCGCGCAGCUCCGGGCCAGGGUGGAGCUCCUCAGGGCGCUCUCGGAGCUCUGCGAAGGCCAUGGCCGUGGCGAUUCCCCUAGCUAG